AUGGAGCAAAAAAACCUUGCCGAAAGUGGUGAUUACGGCGACAUCGAUCGCUUCGAAGGUAUUCAACGCUGCAUAUUGUCACUGGUACACGCGUGCCAGUGCAGGGAUGCGAAUUGUCGUCGUGUGUCUUGUCACAAGAUGAAGCGAGUCGUACAACACACGAAGAUGUGCAAGAAGCGAGUGAAUGCCAGUUGUCCAGUGUGCAAGCAGCUCAUCAAAUUGUGCUGCUAUCAUGCAAAGCAUUGUUCUCGAGAUUCUUGUUCGGUACCGUUCUGUACGCCGAUCCGCCAAAAAAUAGCCGAACAAAAGCGUUCGGCCAGACAUGCCGAUAUGGUGAUGAUCGAUGGUGUACAGGCUGUUGGCGGAGAACCAGCUGCGUCUAGUUCUUCAGCUGUUAGCGUGGCGGAAGGAACAUUUGUACCGAGUCCACCUUUGGAUAACAAACCGUCCGCUGGAACUCUCAUGAAGGGAGGUAUUCCUGGCCCAAGCCUGUUGACUCAAGUGCCGACGAUGUCGUCGAUGUCAUCACAUCCGCAAGCUGGACAGCCUCCACAACAGCAGCGAUUCGUUGUUUGCAAAUUCAUAAAAUAUUCAGCAUCGGACAUGAUGCCACCACAGCAACAACAGCAAGAACCACCUCCACAAGAGGAACAAGGCAAUCCCUUCCUCACGGAUACACCCAAGAUCCGUAGAACAGUGCGAAAAACGCGAGGUAUAAACACAGCUUGA